GUUCUCUCUCUCUUUUGGAUUUCGGUGUAUCAUUACUUUGAUAUCCUGCAUUUGGGAAAUAUUUUACUAUACCCUGUACUAUACGCGAUUACUUUCCCUAUACGAGAUUUAUUACCAGAUUACUAUUAUUAUAUGAGUUAUAUUUCCCCUCAUUAUUAGGUAACUGUUCUCCUCAAUACCCCAACUUUUCUAUUUUAUUUUAAUUCCUUAAUUUGCCUCUGACGAAUUCCUUUGGUGCCGUCGGGAUUCCAGUCUCACCAAGAAUUUAUUUGCCCCGGUGAACGCAAGCAGCAAGCCGUGACCUCAGGUGGUGUGACCGGUUAUUUUGUUUGAUCAAUUGGUUUCUUUUUGCCCUUUAAAGCCCCGUCGUCAUCAUGUCGCCUCCGUCCACCUCAGUUUCUUCUUCUUCCACCACCGCUCGUAAUCGUCUCGCGUCACUCUCCGCUCAAGUCAUGGGUUCUGCCAGCCCUUCCGUAUUUUCCACGUCUGUGGUCCCUGCCGCCCCCGAGGAUCCGCUCUUUGGUCUGGCGCAGGCCUUCCGCAAUGACCCUUCUGAUAAGAAAGUCGAUCUGGUUAUCGGCGCCUAUCGUGAUAACAACGCAAAGCCUUGGAUCCUCCCCGUCGUGAAAAAGGCCGGUGAUCUGAUUCGCAAUGAUCCCUCCGUUAACAACGAAUACCUCCCCAUCAAGGGUCUCCCUGAAUUCACCUCGGCCGCCCAGAAAGUGAUUUUGGGAUCUGACAGCCCCGCGAUCCGCGAACAAAGAGUGGCCACUUUCCAAACGAUCUCUGGCACAGGAGCCGUCCAUCUCGGUGCCCUCUUCCUUGCCAAGUUCCACCCCGCGAACCCCAAGCCCACCAUCUACCUCUCCAACCCAACCUGGGCCAACCACAACCAAAUCUUCACCAAUGUCGGCCUCUCCCUCGCGACCUACCCCUACUUCGACGCGAAGACGAAGGGCCUCAACUUCGACGGCAUGCUGAACGGCAUCCGUGAGGCCCCCGCCGGCUCCGUCAUCCUCCUCCACGCCUGUGCUCACAACCCGACUGGUGUCGACCUCACUCAAGACCAAUGGAAACAGCUCGCCGUCGUCAUGCGCGAGCGCCGCCACUUCCCCUUCUUCGAUACCGCAUACCAGGGGUUCGCCUCGGGCGACCUGAACCGGGACGCCUGGGCGGUGCGAUACUUCAUCGAGCAGGGCUUCGAGCUGUGUGUCGCGCAGUCCUUCGCGAAGAACUUCGGUCUGUACGGUCAGCGCGCGGGCGCGUUCCAUUUCGUCUCGGCGCCCGGCGUGGCUGCCAAGAACGAUAUCGCCAAUGUCGCCAGUCAGCUGGCCAUCCUGCAGCGGUCGGAGAUUUCGAAUCCCCCGGCAUACGGUGCGCAAAUCGCCAGCCGUGUUCUGAAUGACGCCACCUUGUUCGCUGAGUGGGAAGAGGACCUCCGGACGAUGAGUGGGCGCAUUGCGGAGAUGCGCAAGGGUCUGCGUGAGCGUCUAGAGGCGAAGGGCACACCUGGCACAUGGAACCAUGUGACGGAUCAAAUCGGCAUGUUCAGUUUCACAGGCUUGACUGAAGCACAAGUCAAGUUGUUGCGGGAGAAGUGGCACAUCUAUAUGACCAAGAACGGACGAAUCUCGAUGGCCGGCCUCAACACACAUAACAUCGACUACUUCGCAGAGGCAGUCGACAGUGUCGUCCGGGAGACAUCAUAAAAUUCAUUUCCCUGUACCUUAUUUCAUUGAUGCCAUGUCCACUUUGUUCGUCAUUCAGAUAGCGGUUAUAUAUCCCUUAAAUAUAGAUCAAGUAUCUGCAUCA